CCAGGCAACCCGGCCGAGCAACCUGCCCGAGAUCUGAUCUGCCCGAGAUCUGAUCUGCCCUCCACUGGCUCAACAGCACCCGCACCAACACCAACCACAAGAGCGCCGCGAGAUGAUUCUGGUUCAGCCGACAAGCUCCUCGGGCUCCCAAGAGAUCCAGUUUUUCAACUACCCGCAUCCAAAAACAGACCUGCCCACAACAUUUGCUGUUCAGGAUGGCAGGAUCAUGGAGCUUCAGACCUCUGGAUCUGGUGCUGACAAGACCUCUUGGUUUGUCGAUAACCGGGUCGAAGAAGAUGGAUCGCUCUUGGUGCUGACGCCGAUCGACCCGGCGUUUCUGAUCUUGCCGCCGCUGCUCAGGGCCAGGCUCUCCGAGAGUGGUCACCAGAAGUAUUGGCCGCUGGAUGAGAUCGCAGAGUUGAGCAGCCCGCAUCUGAAGGAGCUAACGUCUCUCUACGACAUCGAGCCCCAUGUGCAGCAAUUGUGCGAUAUCAAGGAAAGCGUCGGCACCGCUCAGGGUCAAUUCCGGCUCUCGGAUGCAAAAGUCCUGAAGUGGCUGGGCUGCAAGAAAUCCCGGCUGGAGAGGCUGGCAUCGAGACCUGGCGAGCCGAAUCCAUAUGCUUCCGAUGAAGCCGCCGUCGUCGACCUACUGUGUGACUACCUGCCGAGCGAGCUGGAAGAGCUAUUCCGAUCGCAGCAUCCACAUCUCGUCUCGACACCGUCACAGGCACCUAUCUAUGAAGGUGCUUCGGGACAGCCGAUUGCCGAGCCAUCCUCCAAGAAACCCAAAACGGCCAAGGCAGCCAAGACUCGGACGGUUUCGGCGGCCCAGACGACGCUGCACUCGUUCUUCAAGAAGGGAUGAUUGUGUGUCUGGAGCGGAUGCGACGGGGACGACACCAUGACUUUGGCUUGUCCAAGGGUGAUGUGAGGAUAUUCUGGGUGGUGCCGCUGGAACCAAGCAUCGCUGGAAUCAAACGUCGCUGGAAUCAUCAA